AGUGGUGGAACCUGCACGAUAUUUACAUACGACUGCAGCAGUCAUUUCAGAUCCGUGGAUUCUACCGCUUCUUAGUUUCCUCUCUUCUUCAAUGGCGAUCUGACAGCAACUCCUUGCUUUGAAAAAAAAACAAAGAAAAAAUCUUUCGAAAAAUCGAACUCUCAGAAUUAGUUACUCUCGCAGAGAUCUCCAUCACUCCAAUAUCCUAUUCCGUCAGGGCACUGUUUUGUGAUCUGUGCUUGUUUUCUGAUGAUCUGGUAACCGAACAUAGUUUUAGUGAUCCUUUGAUUUGCGGCUGAUUUGUGGUGGAUCUAAACGGCUUAUUGUGGGAUCGUUGAUGAUGGAGACGCUUGUUGUUGUGGCGCAGCAUCGGAACCAGUACAACAGUGGGGUCAAGUCUCACGGGCAUGCUGAUCGGGUCGGGUCAUCGCCAUCUAGAAAAUUCAGGGAGAUCAAUUGCCGGGCUUUUGAAUCCGGGGCAGGUAUUCUUCCAACCCCGUAUAAGUUUUACUCUACUCCCGUAACCAAAGACGCUCCUCCUCCCUCACCUAAGACGGCAUCACCCCGAACUGAUGUUUCACACUUCUUUGAAACGCCACUGUCCAAAACCAGCAGCUUCAAAAGCACUCCAAUCCCUAUCAAGACUAAGUUGGCUAAAAAUGGAGAAUUUUGUAAUGAUGAGAUGUACAAGGAGAACUUGUCAUUCUCUGAGCGUUGGGCUGGGCCUGCAUAUUCGAACUCUCCUCCUCCGAGUUCUCUGCCUAUCCCCAAAUUUUCAGUGAAGGCAAAGCGGACUGUGUCUCUAGAGUUGCCUGGAAAUAGUGAUGCCGAUAUUGACUUUCUUCACCCCACUGCCAAGUCUGCUCCUGCUUCCCCCACCAGAGCACAUAGACCUUCUGGGAAAGAACUUUUUAACGGUGUUGAUUCUGCGACAAAGACUCUGCGCCGCAUCCUCAAUCUUGAUGCUACUGAUGAGUAACCAUUAGAGACUUUGUGUCCUGUAAAUAAUGUGAAAAAGGGGGUUAGUGUUAGAUUGUAUAUAGAGUGAAUAAGUUGGUUGCUAGCGUAAUCAGUAUGAGUUUGUUUAGCUAUCAGUCUUGGUGGUACAAUUGUCGUUCUUUAACUGGUGGCGGCGGAGGCAAGUGUCACUCAUGGCUUUGGUGGGUCAAAAAUCUCCAUAUCUCGCAUUGCGGUGUUAGAGUUUAUUCUGGAAUUGGUUUCUAAUGAUUCUCGGCUUGGGAUUGGGAUGGAAGGGCGCACAUAAUGUUUUCAGGAAGCAGUGGAUGGUGAUUCGCGUCAUUAUCCUGAACAACUGAUUACAGUUUAAUCUAUUGCAGUGAAAGGAAAUCCUACACCUUUGUUUACUUCUGAAACUUUAUGUCUUCAGGUCAUUGGUAUAGUCAUAGAUUAGUUGAUUCCCUGAAGUCAGAACUUUCUCUAGUAGGAACUAGGAAGUUAGGUUUUCUAAUACAGGUUACUGUCGAAAUUCUGUAGAUAUCGCCUUAGCAUUCAAACAAAUCCAUAGGUUUCUUCUUUUGCUAUUAUCUUUUUUAUUUCUUUGGUCUUAACUUUAGAGUCCUUUCAUUCGGUGUAGUUUAACCAGCUAUAACCUCACUGUUUCUUAGUUCAAUCUUCCUUGAGUGGCUGCUUAUGUUGUCACCUUUCUGCUGUAGCUCUUACUCUUUUGGUCUUCUGCUGGAUUGGCUACCGAACUUCCGUCAUUCUAUCUCUUUAUACUUAUGUAACUUUUUUUGUCUUUGUUUCUCUUUCUGUUAGGACUUUGGAUUUGACUUCUUUGCUUAAACUCUGCAUAGGCAGUCUUCCCCCUUACCAUCUUUUCUGUUUUUAAAGUUGAAAAGUGGGAAAGAGGGGUACUGAAUUUAGUUGUUCGUCUCUUCUGCUCUAUAAGUUCCUAAGGUUUAUAUGUGUUGUCUAUCCUGUUGUAUCCCUAUUAGUUUUCUUCCUUUUGAGUGGGUAGUACUGCUCGACUUAAUGGUAUUCAUUACUUCCAAAAUCUAGUGGAGAUCUUUGACCUCGGCAAGCUAGUCAUCAGUGAGCUUGGCGAAGAAUUUGGGAGGCUAUUUGGCUCAUAGUCGUCUUGAUGGAACUAGUCUCAACUGCAAGAUGUAUUAGAACACGAGUAUGUAUCUUGUCGCGUUUGUAUGUGGGAAAAUACUACAUAUGUGAGUGAGGCUGUCAGAUCUUGUGCGCCAACACUCUUUAAAGAGUAGUGGAGUGAAUAUGUUGUUGUGUUGAAACUAAAGCAGUUGUGUUUUCCUGCUGUCAUCCUGUAUCCAGCUAUGUUAGCUCUUUUAUUUUUACAUUAUUACAAAAUUUGUUGCGGCAUUUUUGUAUCCUGGUGGACUAAUUACCUCAUUGAUUUUGUUCUUAUGAUAAUAUUGAUGAUGGUACCUUUAAUGUUGUUCUGUGCUUAUUUGGUUA